GUUUGAUUGUUCUACCCCUGUUCCCACUCUCCCUACCCUCCCCGUACUCUGUGACCACCGGGACCUCUCAAGUACCGCAUCAAUUCACACUGAUGUCGAUGGAACAAGACACCGGGGCACUGCCACGACGCAGUGCCAGGCUUGCAGUUCGUGCCCGACCUGUGGUACCUCCAAGACCCAAGCAGCGACUCAGCAAGCGGAAGACUCCAGCAGCAUCAAGUACAGCAAUGACAGUACCAGUUACCACCGGAGUCCUUCCUGCAUGCCCGGUCCAAGGGGCCGGUGAGCUGUUGGCAGCUUACCCUCAGCGGGUACAGACAUUCAGUGAUGCCGUAGCUACCGCAAAGGCACAGGAGGAGGCAGCAGAGGUGGAACGUCAGCGGCUGGCCAGUGAGGCGGCAGCCCAAGCUCAGCAGACUGCUGAGGCUGACGCCGUGGUGCGAGAUAAGCGGAACACCAUUUGCAUGGAGUCCUUGACUAUGAAUGAGAGUCAGUGGACGACAAUGCUCCAAGGCAUGUUGUUUGUGCCUUCGGAUACACAGGCGGAUCCGACACCGGCGGAGGAAGAAAGGAGCAACCUGGCUAACCUGAUGAUGAACAUGAUGCGCGCGAUCAUGUGGAACAAUAUGAUGUUAAUGGUGCAAAUCCACGAGGGCAGACAACUGCGACAGAUUCAGCAGAAUGAUUCUGCAGCCUUAACAGCUGUCGUUCGCGCUUCUGCCACACAUCAGCAACAACAGCAACAGUUGUUGACCACCACCACCGCACGCGUCAACACCAUCGAGGCUAAGGCCUUAGCAGCGCCAGGCUGCACGACAGACGAGACGAAGCAGAUCAAUGGGCACAUCGAUCAUGUCGUCAAACUCAUCGGCAACAUAGGUGUUUUCAAUGGGCCGGACACGAUCAGUAGCACGGUGGCCGCUAUCAAGACGGACAUCACCAAGCUGCAGACGCGACCGGACGCCGCUACGAAGACGUACAAGAUGCCGCACUUCGACAUCAGCAAGUUCAACGACUACAACAAAUCGGACGCCUUGACAUGGUCGCAACGUUUCCUCACGGAAGCCUCAUGCCGCACGGUCCCAGUGGACGACAUGCUGAAGGCGCUCUAUUUGCAACUUAUUGGCGGAGCGCAGGCAUGGAUGAACCAUCUGGCGGCUACCAACAAAUGCACCAUCGCCGAACUCCACACGCACAUCACGUGGAAAGAAUUCAAGAAGCUAUGGUUCACCCGGUUCAUGGUCCGCAACGUCGUGAAGGCGGCCAUGAACGAGGUGUACACCUGCUCUAAAGGGAAUAUGCCAACUCGAGACUGGACAACCAAGUGGCAGAAGAUAGUGACCACGCCAGGGUUCGAUUUGAGCUUUACCAAUCAACGAUCCGAGUUCUUCUUGCGAUCAUGCGCAGGACUGCGAACCGCACUCGGCAACGAGUACGAUUACGCCUCAUUCCAGACUAUCCUGGAUCGUGCGAACUUGGUCAUUCAAACGGAUGACAAGGCUGCUAACGAACGGCAGUCCCAGCCGCACUAUGUGGCUAAACCGGCCUAUCAACGACCAGCACAUAACAAUGCUGUGAUUUCAGAAGAAACAGUCGAUCUCCACGCUGCAGCAGCAUCCUCGAGUGAUGGAGGAAUUGUAGCAGCGCUCCCGCCGAAGCGUCCCAAGAGAGUUCGGAAGAACAAGGCAACACAAGAGGCGGCAUUGAUGGGAACUGGGCAGCAACCAUGGACGGCUUACAAGAUAACCAAGGAUGUCUAUGACCUUCUUCAAAAGUACAACUACUGCCUUUGGUGCAAUGGGGUCACUCAUGUGACCGCCAACUGCCCCGAAAAGGGCAAGCCACGCCUGGUACCACCACUAGACCAGCCAAGCCACGUGCACUUAGAUUGCGUAUGUGCAGCCUGUACACCGUCGGCAAGUGAUCCGGUUAGUUCGCCACUGAUUUCCAAGGACUCGACUGCGUGGUCAAGAGUUGAGGAGCUUGACCCGCUCACGAGAGAGGACUUCGCUUGGAUGCCUCUUCCCUCGACUGAAAUUUGGCCAAGACCGCAUUGCAACGCCUUAAUGGCAAAUCUACGCUCCUAUUUGCACACUACAGUACCAGCUCCGUUGACGGACGACGGAGUAGCGGUUGCUGAUCUCUGCUCCUAUCUUGCGAAGAUUGACCGCGAGUACGCCACCCAAAGGUACGUCGAAACCGACGCGCCUUUGCUCUAUUUCCGCAUUCAAAUCGGAAAGGGAACCUUUAGUGCCUUGAUUGAUUGCGGAGCGUCUCGCAACUUUAUGAGCCAAGCCUUUAUGGCCCGCACAGGCCUUGGCCCGCGCGUUCGAAGGAAGACGCAACCCACGCAAGUUACACUCGCGGACGGCCGCACGCAAAAGUCAAUUGACCGAUGCAUCGACGGCGUUCCGGUAUACUUUGCGCCACUUGCGUGCGAGCCGGUGUCUUUUGACAUCCUCGACACCAAGUUCGACAUGAUUCUAGGCAUGUCUUGGUUGCGUAGCGCCGAUCAUCCGGUGAACUUUCAUGACCGAACCGUUCACAUCCAUGAUCGGAACGGAGUGUUAGUCYCAUGUACGGUCGCGACCCCUCACACUUCGAUUGCUUGUCACGUGGUCUCCAUUGCGAGAAUUCGCGACGCCAUAGCUCGGAACGACGUCGAGGAGAUGGGCCUUGUAUUCUUGCAUGCCCUCCCCUCGCCGGAUGGACCAGCCGCGUCAUCGCCGGACCCACGCAUUUCUCACCUCUUGGACGAGUAUAGAGACGUCUUCGAGACUCCCACCGGAACGGUUCCGGAUCGGCCCAUACGUCACGGGAUCACUCUCGAGGCUGACGCCGUCCCUCCGCGUGGAUGUAUCUACCGCAUGAGCGAAGAGGAACUCGAGGUGCUUCGCGCACANCUUCGCGCACAACUCGAUGACCUUCUCGACAAGGGCUGGAUUCGCCCUAGUUGUUCGCCCUACGCCAAGUUCAAAGGGAAUCUCGACAAGUGCGAGUUCGCCAAGCAGGAGUUUGAGUACUUGGGUCGUUUUGUCACGCCGAAAGGCAUUCGUCCUUUAGCGGACAAGAUCCAAGCCAUUGUGGAUUGGCCGAAACCCCGUUCGCCGGAGCUCGCACGACUCUUGGACACCGGUUGGAUUACCAACCAGGGUGUUCCGGAAGACAUAGUGAGCGACCGAGAUACUCGCUUCAUGUCAGCAUUUUGGACUUCCCUCAUGGCUGAGUCCGGCACGACAAUGAAGUCGAGCUCGGCUCGGCACCCGCAGACGGAUGGCCACACGGAGCGAGCGCACCAGACCGCUCAGAUGAUGUUGCGUACGCUCAUCCGUCCCGACCAGAAAGAUUGGGUUGACCGGCUUCCCGACAUCGAGUUCGCCUAUAACACUUCGGUGCACCAGGCGAUCUGCGUCACACCAUUCGAGUUACAUCAUGGUGGAGAGAAAGCACGGAUCUUCGCUGAUCUCCUUUUGCUACAGGCUGUCGACAUAAACGUCCCUUGCUCUCCCGCUUCCAUUCGGAAGUACCAGGACUUGCUGAUCAAAGCCCGCGCAAAUAUGCAAAAGGCUAAGAUCCGCAUGCAGCAGCACGCUAACCGACGUCGACUUCCAUGUCCUUUCBGCGAGGGAGACCUUGUUUGGGUCCUCUCCGAGCAAUUUGCGCUCGAGCAGGACAUUUCGAGCAAACUCCUUCCGAAAUGGUUCGGACCAUGGGAAGUCACUUCUUUCGUUGGAGACGACCCCGCAGGUCCUUCCUUUGUGAUCAACAUUCCACCGCACCUUACAGUGCAUCCGGUCUUCCAAGCGUCGAAGCUGGCCAUCUACACGCCACCUUCCGCUUCCCGGACGUCGAUCACAGGAUCCGCCUUCUAUGGAUGGACAUCAGGAAGUUGACGGAGUCAUCACGCACCGCAAGUAUGGCAACAAGCCAAUGCAGUACAAAGUCACAUUCAAGC